AUGGCAUUGGUUCAUCCUUCAGGCUUUGGAUCAUGCCACCUUGAGCGUGGCGAGAAUCUAUUGCAAAGCCGACAUGCCAAGAACGCGAAACAGCCGACCACGACUCAAACCCGUGCUACACCAAUUCUACCGUCCGGCUUUCCCAUAUUCUUGGAUUCCAAAUUGGCCUGGUCGACCUCUGAAGUCUCCAGUGUGCUGGAGUACACUUAUCAUCUCACACAGGAGGAUAGGGUUGAGAUAGAUAACGCAUUAAAGUCGUUCAUAGCCCGUGGUUUAGACGGCGACUUGGUGGAUUCCACGAACUUUCCCCUCCCAAAUCUGCGACAAACUCUUGGACAGCAGUCUUUGGAGGUACACACCGGCAGAGGAUUCUGCCUUAUCAGGGGUCUCGAGUACUGGAAGUAUUCGGUCGAAGACAACAUGGUUAUCUUUCUAGGAAUACAAAGUUUCAUCGCAGAAAAACGAGCACGUCAAGACGAGAAGGGAAAUAUGAUAGUCCAUAUUGUUACCGACGACACUGUGGCACUAAAUCCGCUGAAGGAAUUUCAUACAAGACAUUCUAAAUCUUCCAUUCCCUUUCAUACUGACCACCUAGGAGACAUCUUAGCUUUCCAAACCCGCAGUACUGCGGCACGCGGUGGUAAUUGUAUUCUGUCACCUGCGUAUACAAUCUAUAACGAGCUUGUGGCCACAAGGCCAGAUAUCAUAUGGAUUCUCAGUCAACCAAGUUGGCCUUUGCAUAUCCCGUACUAUCAUCAGCGCGCCCUACUCUUCUACGAAGACUCGCGAAUCAUCUUCAACUUUGCCCCAAACGCAUUACUGGGUAGCAAAGCCCACCCCCGGCCGACGAACAUCCCCUCUCUGUCACCUCGCCAACUGGAGGCCUUGACGCUAGUCCAAGCAUUGGCAGAAAAACACAAGAUAGCCAUCCCCACUCAAAUGGGCGACUUGCACUUUAUCAACAAUCUCGCGCUGGUGCAUCGGCGUGACUCUGUGGAGGUGAGUCCAGGGGGCAAGAGACAUCUCGUGCGAAUGUACUUGAGGAAUGAAGCUCUGGCGUGGAAAAUUCCAGAGGCGCUUAAUAACACCUGUGGCUGGGAGGAAGCAUAUUGGCAAGGGGAGGACCUGGAACAGAUCUGGCAUAUAGAGCCAAUGCCCGACGUGUUUUUUCCGUUAAUAAGAAAGCCAAACUAG